AUGGAGAAGGUUGCUUGUGCUGCGAUUGCCGUAUCGUCCUCCAGUCACUCACGGUUGAAUGGCCACAUAGUUGGUAUCGAAGCUAGCUUGGAAAUGAGCUUUGAUCGGCAGCGUGACCGUUUCACAGCGUCCAUCGUCUGCCUGACCAUCAUCAUGCAUUAUAAUAGUGAUGUCGGUCUCAUCGUCACGCAAAUCGUCGACGUCGAAUGGCAGAUUGACAAUCCAGUCAUUGAUCGGCUCGGUAGCCUCCCGCAUGAAUCACCACCUUCAAGGUCGCUGAAACCUUCGUCAAGGUUUCGUUCACCGAUACUGUGA